AUGAGUAGUGCUAGAGUGGCGACUGGACCUGCUGUUCAUGGAAUAAAUCAACAUCAAAAAUUAGAUUACAACCAUGUUUCUGAUAAUGAAUAUAUUAGAUUAAGAAACUUAGCUGAUCAAGCCCAUUCUAAAAGGAAUGAGUAUUCUCAAAAAUCCCAAAAUGCUUAUAAGAAUGGUGAUCAUAAAGCUGCAGGUGAGUUUAGUGAGAAGGCCAAACAACAAUUGCAGUUAGCUGAUCGUUUUAAUCUAGAAGGUGCAGAAUAUGUACCAGUCUCUAAAUAA